AUGUCGGACUUCAACACACUGUCGGUGGAUAAAGAAAAGGGAACGGUGUCUGGUCGCAGGGAUCCUGAGAAGGAGUUUCAACUGCUCGAGAAGCUGGGCGAAGGGUCGUAUGGUUCGGUGUGGAAGGCGCUCCAUCGCGGGUCGGGCAAAAUCAUCGCCAUCAAGAAGGUCGGCAUCGACGAUGAUUUGGAGGAUCUCAUCAACGAGAUUAACAUCAUGAAGCAAUGCCAGAGCGAGUACAUCGUUUCCUACUUUGGCUCCUACUUCAAGGACAACGACCUCUGGAUCGUGAUGGAGUACUGCGCCGGCGGUUCUAUCAGCGAUAUCAUGACCAUCCUCGGCAAGAGCCUCAACGAGGAGCAGAUCGCUGUGGUUACCCACUACGUUCUCCUCGGUCUCAAGUAUCUCCACUCCGUCAAGAAGAUUCAUCGUGACAUCAAGGCCGGCAAUAUUCUCCUCAACACGAAGGGCGAAGCCAAAUUGGCUGAUUUCGGUGUGUCGGGCCAGCUCUCUGACACGAUGGCCAAGAGGAAGACUGUCAUCGGCACUCCCUUCUGGAUGGCGCCCGAGGUGAUCCAGGAAAUCGGCUACGACUACAAGGCCGACAUCUGGUCGCUGGGUAUUACCUCCAUCGAAAUGGCCGAGGGCGAUCCCCCGUACUCCAACAUUCAUCCCAUGCGGGCUAUUUUCAUGAUCCCCAGUCGGCCGCCGCCGCGUCUCUCCGAGCCGGAGAAGUGGUCUCGCGAGUUCAACGAUUUUGUGGCACAGUGCCUCACCAAAAACGCCACCGAUCGACCCACCGCUGACGACCUGCUCAAGCAUCCUUUCCUGCAAAAGGCCAAGAACACAUCGCUGCUGGCCCAUCUCGUCGAUGAGACCAUGGAAGGAAUCGCCGCCGCUGGUGGCAGAGAAGCUGCUCUCGGUCUCGACGACGAGAGCGAUAGCGAGUCGGAAGAUGAUGAAAGCGGCAAGAACACGUCCCGCAAGGACAGCGACGAUGGCGACUCUGAUGCCUAUGCCGGCACGACCGUCAUCAGCUCCCAAACGAUACAGGCCGAGAAGGAGAAGCAGUUCGUCCCACCCUACAUGCAAAAAAAGCCCGCUGGUGAGUACGACAAGUACUCGGUGGACGAGCUCAAGCAGAUGCUGAAGGAUCUGGAUGCAAAGAUGGAGAAGGAGAUCGAGGAGGUGAAGCAAAAGUACGAGACGCAGAGGAAGAAGUUCACCUCGCUAAUCGCCUAA